AGCGUUGUGAAGGGAAACCGGAAAAAGCGCUGGUGAGAGCCGAGAAGGGAGGUGACAGAGACGGACUCUCGCUCAGCGCCCGGCCGGAGAGCACAGAGAGAGGGGAAAGAAGAGCCCGUCCGCCUCCGACAAUGUCCGGCACCGGCAACCUGGUCGCGACCAGGAAGCUAGUGGAACAGCUCCGCUUUGAGGUUGGCAUCAAGCGGCUUAAGGUAUCGCAAGCAGCCACAGACCUGAAGCAGUUUUGCCUGCAGAACGCACAACUGGAUCCAUUACUGACAGGAAUCCAUCCAAACACCAAUCCCUUCAGACCUUUCAAACCUUGUUUGAUAUUGUAAACGCAAAUAGGAUUCUUCUUUACUUUGGUAUUUUUGGGUCUUCAAUGGGAAAUCUGUCCUUGACGCAUGGUUCUGAAAAUAAUGAAGAUGUUUACACUAAUCUUGAUUCUCGGUGGCCUUCAAACCAACGGACAAGCCAUGUUGGAUCUUUCUGAAAAUCUCUUGUAAUCUGUGCCAACUCUCCAUACUGUCAUUUUUUUUAAAACUUGUCCUUUAAUAUUGAUUUAAACCUCACUUGUUGCUUCAUUCUGGUGCUGUAGUUACAACAUUAGUAGCUUGGGUGUAAUGCUAUUUCUAAAAACUUUGUAUACUUGUUAUGACAUUGUAAUUAAUAUCUGACUUGAGCAGUGUGGUUAAAACCAUUUUGAUACUUUAUAUACUAGUGUGCAAGAUUGAAUGUUCUUCCAGAUACCACUCCCAAGGUUUCAAAACCACCCUAAGCAAGGUUCGGUAUUGACCAUGUUAAUUUGUUUAAGACUUUCAUAUGGCAAAAGUGUAAUAGUUGAGAUUUAUUGAAAGAGCCGUAAUUUAGAAACUGUCUUGAUGUGUAACUUUUACAGUAUUGUUUUGAAGGCAGCUCACCUUUGUUAUUCAAUAUUAGCGGAGUACAGGCCAGUCAGCCCACCAUGUUGUGCCAAACCGUUAACCUACUCCAGGAUCAAUCUAACCCUUCCCUCCCCCAUGGCCCUCCAUUUUUUUCUACCAUCGAUGUGUCUCUUAAAUGUCCCAGAUGUAUCUGCCUCUACCACCACUCCAGUCAGAGCGUUCCACACACCCACCAUUUUGUGUAUUUUAAAAAAAGCUUGCCUCUGAAAUCUUCCCUAUACUUUCCUUCAAUCACCUUAAAAUUAUGCCCCCUUGUGUUAGCCAUUUCCACCGGGGGGGGGGGGAGGGGGAGAGAGACCUAUGCCUCUCAUCAUCUCGUACACUUCUAUCAAGUCACCUCUCCUCUCAUUUUUCUUCUCUCCAAAGGGAAAAUCCCUAGCUCACUCAACCUGUCCUCAUAAGAGAAGAGCCCUGGUAAAUCUCCUCCGCACCCUCUCUAAAGCUUCCACAUUGGAACACACAAAUGGUUACAGCAUUGCCAUCUACUUCAUGGCAAUUAGUUAUGUUGCAUUGUCACGGUGAUAUAAUGGUUCAUGUAACAUUAUUACGGUGGCAGCAAACCAGGUUCAAUUCUGCCGCAGUCCAUAAGGAGCUUGUAUCUUCUCCCAAUGCCUGCUUGCUUCCUCCCUCAUUCUGAAGACAUGGUUUGUUUAUUUAUUUAUUUAUUGAGCUACAGCUCAGAAGGUGCCCUUCUGGACCUUCGAGCUGUGACACCCAGCAACCCUCAAUUAAACCCUUGCCUAAUCGCCGGACAAUUUGCAAUGACCAAUUAUUGUACCAACCAGUCUGUCUUUGGACUGUGAGAGGAAACUGGAGCACCUGGAGGAAAGCCACGUGGUCCUGGGGAGAACGUAUAAACUCCUUACAGACAGGUUCGGGAGGUUAAUUUGACACGUGGGAGCAGGCUCAUUGGGCCAGAAGGGCCAAUCACCAUGCUGCAUCUCCCAAAAAAAAAGAAACAAUUUAAGAUCAGAGGCGACAAGUUUAAAAGAACAAUCAGGCAAGACUCUUUCACACAAAGGGCAGUGUGUGUUUGGAAUGAGCUGCCAGCAAUAAUGGUUAAAGUGGGCACAUUAGCUUGUUGGGUCUGUUACCAUGCUGUAUCUUUCUGUAUUAAAGAGUCCAGUGUGCAGCUCACUGGUUCUGAGGAAAGUACACAAGAUGUGUAAAGUCUUAGUCUGUCAGUCAAGUAUUCAAAUCUGUGAGGUUUGGCAUAAAGCCACAACUAUUUACAAUCUUAAUCCCUAGUAUAUGCAGUACUUAAUCAAUUCAAAAUGGACAUAACGUGGUUCAACUGUUGACUUAUGGUCUGUUUAGUAUUAUUACAGUGUAGGCUAGUCGAAGAAUCUAAAUCUUGCAAUAAACUUUUUUUAAAUGUGCAGAUUAGGAGUGACUGGCAAACUAAUUUUAUGGCCGUUCUCAUCCUGAAUUAGUGAGGUAGCAAAUGGAGUUAAGCACUGUAUUAAAAUGAUUUUGUGCAUGACAUUGUGUUUGAAACAUUUGAUUCUAAAUCAUUUUGUGAGCUGUAUCUCAGCCUUAUCCUUUUGUGUGGUUCUCAUGUAAAGAAACACCAGUCUUUCUCUUUUUGUAAGCACCAAGCGUUCCAGAUCAGAAAUAAACGUUCUUCCUAUUCA